AAACCGUAUAUCCCUUCAUUCCAUUCUUUCAUUCCUCUCUCUCUCUUCCUUAAUGCUACUCAUCCAAUAAAGAACACAGAUAUCAAAUUCCACCAUUUUUCUACCCCCAAGCUCGCAACAUAUAGUACCGCACAACUCACCAUCUUUUGGUGGCCUCUCGCUCUCUCUACACUCCCCUCUCCUUCCCUCUCUCUCUCUAGAACAGAAGCCCAGACAAAACGGAGGUAGGAGCAAAAGGCAGAAGCUUUCGGUUUAAAAGGAGGCGAACGGGCAGAGACCGGCCGGCCGGGAGAAGUGGUGGAAGGCGAGAGGAGGAGAACACGGUGAGGGAUCAGGAGAGGAGACCGGCGGCGGCGCGGCGGAAAAAGAUCGCGCCUAAAAAGGGCGUAAACGAUGGCUUCAUCGUCAGCGUCGUCCGUGCCGGCGCCGUCGGGGUCGGUGAUCACCAUAGCCUCGGCGUCGGCGGCGGCGGCGGCGGCGGCGAACGCGGCGACGUGCGGCACGGGCUCGCCGUGCGCGGCGUGCAAGUUCCUGCGCCGCAAGUGCCAGCCCGACUGCGUGUUCGCGCCCUACUUCCCGCCGGACAACCCGCAGAAGUUCGUGCACGUGCACCGCGUCUUCGGCGCGAGCAACGUGACCAAGCUGCUGAACGAGCUCCACCCCUACCAGCGCGAGGACGCCGUGAACUCGCUCGCCUACGAGGCCGACAUGCGGCUCCGCGACCCCGUCUACGGCUGCGUCGCCAUCAUCUCCAUCCUCCAGCGCAACCUCCGCCAGCUCCAGCAAGACCUCGCCCGCGCCAAGUACGAGCUCUCCAAAUAUCAGGCGGCGGCGGCGGCGGCAGCGGCGGCGGCGUCUUCUGCGCCGGCGGGGACGAACGGGCCGCAGUCGAUGGCUGAGUUCAUCAGCAACGCGGUGCCGAACGCCGGCGGGCAGAGCUUCAUCAACAUCGGGCACUCGGCGGCGCUCGCCUCCGUCGGAGGAGGCGCCGCGGCAUGCUUCGGCCCGGAUCAGUCGUUCUCCGCCGUGCAGAUGCUGUCCAGGAGCUACGAGGGGGAGCCCAUGGCGAGGUUCGGCGGCGGUAACGGCGGCUACGAGUUCGGUUACUCGACGUCGAUGGCCGGCGCCGGGCACAUGUCGUCCGGGCUCGGCACGCUCGGCGGCGGGCCAUUCUUGAAGUCCGGCAUCGCCGGCAGCGACGAGCGGCCUGGCGCCGGCCAGUAGCCGAUCGGGCACUUGAUUGUGCGGUCAUUCGUCUCCGCAUGUCAGGCUACUGAGUAGGAAUUUAAAAUUCCCUAAGUACUGAAGAUUAAAGCGGCGAAGGAACGUAAAUUAAGGGCUCAUACUUAGGAGGAUUGCUCACAUGAAGAUCGUGCUUGUUCACUCUGUUAAUUUGUGUUGUCAAUGCUUUGUCCUUUUUCUUUCAAUUAAUCAUCCACAAUUAUCAAACAUUUUAUGUGUGCCUUCUGUUGCUGUGCCUGUUACUGUGCUGCUGUGCAUGUGUGCAUGCUUGUCCCUGAUUUUAGCACUCGGACGGCUACCUUAUUUAAUAUAUAGUGGAGUAUAUUGAUCCUGCUCCUAGAGGCUAACUAAAGUCGAUGCUGCAGUUAGCCUUCAGAUUAAUGAUGAAUCUGUUUGAUAAACCUGGUUUUGUAUCAUAUCGUCGCUUUAGG